AUGGCCCAAGCCACCAAUCUGAUUAUGCGGGGUCUAAAUCUUGAGCUUGUCUAUAGACAGAAGACCCCAGCAAGUUGCCGUACGGAGGCCUCGACUACAGGCAGGAGAUUAUUUCGUUGGCUAAGUGAAGGAUCAGGAGAUGCAGAAAAAUUAAUAUUCUCUGUAGGGGAUGUUCUUGUCAUCGCCCAACGACCCAAGAACCCAUGGCCAAAACCGUUUAGUUUGUGGACGGACGAUUUGGGUGCAGCAAUUGCUGAGGCCAAGAAGAAUCAGUGGAGGACUCACGUACAAUUUUUGUCAGAUUUUAAUCCCGACGAUCCCCUCAAAGUAUCUUUUCAAGGAGUUGAAGAUUAA